AUGGAUCAAGUACCGGAUACAGCCCAACACUUUAUCGAGUGUGACACAGAAUCCUGUAGGAACUUCUCUGAGUAUUACUGCAAUGCCUGUCACCAGCGAAUCUGUGAUCAAUGCAAGCAGCGUCAUCUAGAGCAGAAUAGUGGACAUGAUAUUGUCCUCUAUCGAGAGAGAAAAAGGAAACUUCCUUCAGAGAAAUGCAGAAUCCAUCCCACACAAGACAUAGAUGUCCACUGUGAUGUUUGCCAGGUUCCUGUCUGUUCUUCAUGCUUUUCCCAACAUCACAGUGAUCAUAAUAAAAGUGACCUUGAAACAAUCUACAAUGACAUUGUACAGCAAUGUCAGAAGGAAAUAACUGAAAUCUGGAAAAAAAUCAUUCCUGGGGCUGAAUACACUGCUGAAUUAAUUGGAGAGAAGAGAGAAUGUGCUAAAAAAGAAAUUGCAAAGAUAAGAGUUUCCAUGAAGAAGAGAGCAGAUGAACUGAAGGAGACUGUUGACAGUAUACUAAGUGAUCAUAACAAAAAACUGGAUGAAAUUGAGAACUCUGUCCUGAAUGAUAUUGUGAAGCAACAGAAGAAAACAAAGGACUACAUUGAUUACUUGGAAAAAAUGAUUGUAGAAUAUGAGAGUAAAUUGUCAUCCAUAAAAUAUACUGAACUCAUGAAGCUCCAUUUAGAUAUUUCAUUAGCUACACUGAAAAUGCCUACCAAAUCUGAACCCAAACUGCCAAUUUUAACAUUAGGUACACUAAAUAAAGAAGAAAUAGCCAAACAUUUUGGUGAAAUAGAACUAAAUUCAUCUGAAAAGUUUACACUUUUCUCUGUCACAAAAGUAAGUGAAAAAACUAUCCAAGAAGAAGGAAUGUCUCAUUUGUCUCUCUUACCCCCAAACAAAUUUUGGGCCAAUGGAAGGUCAGGGGAUGAUCUCAUUCAGUAUGAUAUAGAAGGAAACAUCUUACAGAAAAUAUCCACCAGUAUGAUUUAUAUGCAAGGUACCCACACAGUCACAACAGAGGGAGACCUUCUUUACACUGAUUUCAAUAAAAACACUGUCUACAGAGUGACUAGUGACAAGUCCAUCAACAAACUUUUUGAGACAGGGAGCUGGAGACCAGGAGCCAUCUACUCCUCUCACAUCAACGGACACAUACUGGUUUGGAUGUGCACAAAUUCAGACCAGAAACUAACCAGAUACAACAGAGAAGGAAGGAAGCUACAGGACAUACAGUCCUGGGAUAAUCAAGGAAAUACUCUUUAUCAUGGUGUUCACUUUGUCACAGAGAACAUUAAUGGUGACAUCUGUACAUCAGACUUUAAAGCUAGUAAGGUUGUGGUUGUGACUGCAUCAGGAGAGUACCGCUUCUCUUACUCUGGUCAGGAGUCUCAGACUGGAUUUAUUCCCUAUGGAAUCUGUACAGAUGUCCUGGGACAUAUUUUAGUGUGUAAUAACUAUUUUACAUUUAAUGAGAACUGCUUUAGUGUCCAUCUGCUGGACAUUAAUGGUCAGUUCCUGUGUAUCCUACUCCCACCAGAACAAUGUCCUCCAUUUCCCAGUGCUAUCUGUAUUGACGAUCAACACAAUCUCUGGAUUGGGGGGAUGGGAACGUCCAACUGUCUCUGUGUACAA